CGCAAGCCGGCAAUGUAGAAGCCACAUUGCUGAAGUGUGCAAGCGUGAGAAUAGUGAUCAAAUGAUCAUUAUAAAGAACCAAAGGGAAACAGAUCCUUGAGAUAAUUACUGGGAGGAUGGCUAAAUGGUUAAGUUAGUUUUUGUGAACACAAGCAGGAAAAAAACAACACUAAUAAAGCGACGUCGAAGGAAAACAAAUUUGGAGUGAAGUUCACGAACUGCCCUUCCGAGUACCCGAAGGGAGAAAAUGAAAUCUAAUCGACAAAUCUUCGGUUAAUAUAUGGAUCAUAGCUCAUACAAUUUUUGAGUCUUUACAAAAUCGGAAAAUAAUUAAAGCAUCUUCGAUUCUCUACUCCCACUAACCUUUUCAAAGAUGAAGUGCCAUUAUGAAGUUUUGGGUGUCCGAAGAGAUGCUACGGACGAUGAUUUGAAAAAGGCCUAUCGCAAACUAGCUUUGAAAUGGCAUCCAGAUAAGAACUUGGAGAAUGCGGAAGAAGCAGCUGAACAUUUCAAACUGAUCCAGGCCGCUUAUGAUGUAUUAAGUGACCCACAGGAAAGAGCCUGGUAUGAUAACCACCGGGAGGCGCUGCUGAAGGGGGGAGUGAGUGGAGAGUUCGAGGACGACAGCAUCGAUCUGCUUCAGUAUUUCACCGUUACCUGCUAUUCCGGCUAUGGUGAUGACGAGAAGGGUUUUUAUACUGUCUAUAGGAAACUGUUUGAAUCCAUUGCGAAGGAAGAAAUGGAAUACAGCAAAGAGGAGGAAGAAGGCGAGUUCCCAACAUUUGGAGACUCACAAAGUGACUAUGAUACGGUCGUGCACCAGUUUUACGGCUACUGGCAGAGCUUCUGCACCUGGAAGAACUUUGCCUGGAAGGAGGAGUACGACACGCGUCAGGCCUCCAACCGCUGGGAGAAGCGGGCGAUGGAGAAGGAGAACAAGAAGCUACGGGACAAGGCGCGGAAGGAGCGCAGCGAGCUCGUCAGGCAGCUGGUGGCUUUCCUGCGGAAGCGAGACCGACGGGUGCAGGCUCACAAGAAAAUGGUGGAGGAGCAGAACGCGGAGAAAGCCAAGAAGGUGGAGGAGCUCCGGCGCAGACAGAAACUCAGCCAAGCAAAGCUGGCUGAGAACUACAAGGAGCAGAGCUGGGCAGCCAUGUCGGAGCUGGAGAAGGAGCUGCAGCAGAUGGAAGCUCAGUAUGAGAAGGAGUUUGGCGAUGGCUCUGAGAGCGAAGAGGAGGAGGCAGAGGUGCCAGAGGGAGGAGAGGAACCCGGGGAUACACUCACAGAUGGAGCGGAUGAGCUGGCUGACUAUUUUGAUAGCCUUUACUGUCCAGCCUGUAACAAGUCCUUCAAAACUGACAAAGCCAUGAAAAACCACGAGAAAUCAAAGAAGCACAGAGAGAUGGUCAUAUUACUACGGCAACAACUGGAAGAGGAGGAUCUUGUACUUAAUCAGGAUUCUGAAGACAGUGGGGAGAAUGCCAAGGAGGAAAACGAGGAAGACCUGAAUGAUAAUCCAAAACAAAAACCUUCUAAAAAACAGAAGAAGAAAAAAAGGCAACAAAAACUUAGUCCAAACCCUCCAGAAGUCUCGAUUGAGGAGGGAAGUGCUCCAGAUCUUGGAUCCAGCCAGGCAGCCCAUGAGGAAGCCCCGCAGUUGGAGACUGAGGACACAGAGAGCACACUCCCCUCUGAGCCACAGGCCAUCCAUCAGGCUGAAACAGCAGCCGGAGACCUCAAACAGGAAGAUCCAGCACCAUCUGCUCCCAAAAGCUCUGGAAAGGCCAAAGCGAAGAAGGUGGGCAAGGAGACGAAGAAAGGCAACAAACCUCUGGGAGGAACAGAUCAGUCACUGGAGAAAGAAAUAAACCUGCGCUGUGUCACCUGCCAGUUUGAGUUCUCCAGCAGGAAUAAGCUCUUUGACCACCUAAAGACGACAGGCCACGCCACAGCCCUCUACUCUCUCUCUGCACCCUGUGGGUCUGGAUCAGGAAAGAGCAAGAAGGAGAAACGGAAAAACAGAUAGCCUGGUGGACUUCACAGUGUAGGAGACACUGAACUUUACUUAAAGAACAAUUUAAAAUUAAGUUAUAUUCAAGUGGAAAAUACUGUACUUCAGAAAAUACAGUACAAGAGACUUCUUAAAUGGUGACUGAAAACUUUCCUGAUGAAAUAUUUCUCAGCCUGUUUGAAGGGAGUGUAGAGGUAAAGGGCUUUUGUUUUUGUAAGCCAUCUUUGCUCAUGUUGGUAAGCAAAGACGUUUUUAUUCUGAAUUUGCAGGCUUGAAUUAUUAAUCCUAAGAAGAGUCCGCUAUUCUGCUGUAUUGCCCUUAAAGUCAAAAUAAUGUAAAACAACAGAACCAAUUACAAAAUGCUUUCUACUGUGGGUUCCUGUCACUUGCAUGGUUAUCUACGGAGACCUUUUGAGUUCUGAAAUAAUAUUGUUUAACACAAGAUUUUUUAGUCUAUAAAUAAUAGAAUCUUAA